AUGGUAUGGCAGGCUGACAACUUUCCCACCAACCAAGAUUUUCAAAGGUUCUUAGAAUUAAGCUCUACUUUGGAACCCGACCGGCCUGCUACCACUGAUAAAUUGGCUAUACUUGGAGACACUAUUCGAGUUCUAAAUCAGCUCAAAUCUGAAACACAGGAUUUCAAAGAAAUGAAUGAGAAACUAUCGGAAGAAAUUAAAACCCUGAAGGCGGAGAAGAACGAGCUUCGUGAAGAGAAACUUGUAUUAAAGGCGGAAAAAGCAAAAAUGGAGCAGCAGGUCAAAUCCAUGACCAGUAAUAUUCCACCACCUGGAUUUAUGGCACCACAUCCGGCUGCAUUUCAGGCUGGAGCGAACAAGAUGCCUGUUUUUCCAGGCUACGGUUACAAUCCAAUGUGGCAGUAUUUACCACCAUCUACGUGUGAUACGUCUCAUGAUCAUGAGCUGAGGCCACCUGCUGCUUAA